UUAAAAAACAGCUAUAACCUGUCAGCAACGGAUUUUGUUGUUCAAAAUACAAUUAUGUCUUAAAAUUUAACCAUCUUAUUGGUUUUAUGUAUUAUUAUAUAAUAACUUAUAGAACGGAAUACAAAAGGACAUGGGAGAGUGACAACGAUCUAAUGUGUACAUUGUAUUUGUUGUGAAUUUAGAAUUUGUCUAGUCGAUGAGGUCCAGCAGGAAACACUUUAUUGUGUGUUCAGAGUUUCCAAUAUGGGAUUGUCGGCAAAAAAGAUUGCUGGCAGUUGUGAAGGUACUUACAAUGCUUGUAUCAUCGGACUUUUGGUCUCUGCGACUCUUGUUUAUGCACUUAAUCUUAAGUUUUAUCAUUCAAUUUCAAAAAUACAUGGGAAUAUGAAGAAUCUGUCAGAUAUAAUACAACAAACAUUCAGUCAGACAGUUUCAAAAAGACUUAUAUGGACUCAACUAUUUCAUGACAGAAAUUUCACCAACACAUUAGAACGAUGUUCCUGGCCACCAAAAUAUUUACAUGGACGAGAAACGUUAAAUAGAACUGUUUUUGAUUUAGAAGACCUAAAUGAAGUUUUCACAUUUAUGAAAGAUGGACAUUAUAAACCGACAAACUGCACACCCAAGCAGAGAGUUGCAAUUAUUGUACCUUAUAGAGACAGAGAACCGCAGAUGAAAAUUUUCUUAAAUAAUGUGAUACCUAGGAUAUACAGACAACAGUUAGAAUUUGGUAUUUACAUUGUAGAGCAAACAUCUGGUGUUCCCUUUAACAGAGGUAUGCUGUCAAAUAUUGGAUUUAAAGAAGCCAUAUUAGAUAUGAAGUAUGACUGUAUAGUUAUACACGACCUAGACAUUUUACCAGAAGACGAUAGAAAUUUUUAUACGUGUGCCGACAAUCCUAUACAUAUGGCAGUCAAAGUUCAGCAAUUCAAAUAUAAUUUGCCAUACAAAGGUUUUGCUGGAGGCGUGACUACAUUUUCAAAACUUCAAUAUGAGAAAAUAAACGGAUUUUCUAACCAGUAUUUUGGAUGGGGAGGCGAGGACGACGAUUUGUUUACAAGAAUGAAGAAAAAUAAUUACAGUUUGAUUCGUCCAUUCGAAGAAUUUGGACACUGUGGAAGUAUCAAACACCAGCAAGCUAAUAAAAAGAAUGAUAGGUUGAAAAUACUGAAGUAUGCCCAUAAAAUAUGGCAGAGAGAUGGACUGAACAAUUUAAAGUACAACUUACUGAUUAAAAGAUUGAAACAGUUAUAUGUAUGGAUAUACGUAAAUAUAGAUAUGCUGAACGUCCGAAAGAGCCUUGAUAUCAAGUUAAACAUAUGAUUCUUCAGAUUCCAAGGAAUUAACGUUUUCACUUUGGAUGGCAACACUAGCAAAUAAAGAGAAAGACACAGAAACAGACUUGUGACAUGAAUGCUAAUUAUAAAAGAACCUACUUUUGUUAUAUUUAAAUAUGAUCAAAGGAGAUAUUUGCAAUAAAGUAGUACACGUUUUUAACUACACUUGUGUGUCUAGCAUUUAAGCAGCAUAUUCAAUUUGAAAAUAUAAAUGUUUUUCUACAAUUUUAACUGUAUCUUAUUCGCUUUGAUAUCUUUCAAUUUCUUUAUCGUUUAUUAGAUCUGAUAUGUUUAGUGAAUAAUAAUGUAUUAGUGAAAGGGUAAUGUGGACUGGAGAUACAUUCCAGUAAAUCGCAAUAGAGAUGAUACAGGAACUAGAA